CCCAACCGAAGAAUUUCUAACAAUGCAUUCAAUAUGCCCGCUUUACUGGAACGUGACUACUAUGUAUGAAAGUAUAGAGAUCAAGUAUCAAUCACACAGUUCGUGCUCAGUAGCACGUGUCCUACAUCCUCCACUCCUCAAUCAGGUAAAUGGUCAGAUAUAUUCCAUUUGGUGGCGUCGAUGCUCUCAGAACAAAGGCCACAAGUUUUAACAAUGCAUCGUCAUGAUUCCGGAGACCUGCAACGAUUCAAAGUUGGCGUGUUUCCAGAUUUGGCAACCUCCUUCAAAGUACCUAAGGAUUGCAGUCAAUGUCCAUUGGGUCGUCAUCAGUACUAUAGCUUAAAGAGGUAUCGGUAUCCGCAAAGCCCUGGGUCGAAGAUGAUACAGGGCCAUGAUCGAAACACGGCAAAGAUUGGUGGCUACUCGCUGCUUGCGCCCUUGCUCUGGCCCUAGCCCUGGAUUCGAUGAUUGCUUUCCUCACGCUAUCUUGCUCCUCGGGCAGUGUCAGCGAAGACGGGUCGGUGUACAGAACUAGUUCCUUGCCCUGCGAAGGGGUCGACAAGACUGAUCCCGGCACGGAGAUCAAUUUGGCGGCGAGGGGUAGAAAAAUUAGACCUCCAUCGGGCGUGUCUAUAUCCGCCAAUUCCCGAUCCAGGUCAUGAAUAUAGGUAGUGUGUUUGGUGUCAUCCAGCAUCAUCGCGUCGGAUUGGGUCACGCAUGGCGGGCUAGAAUUGGAAAUGGGUACUUGACUGGUAGUGGAUGCUGACAAGGCUGAGACCGUGGAAGGAGUGGAAGUGGAAGUGGAAGUGGAAGUGGAAGUGGUGGAAGGGUUGAGGUUAAAUCCAUUGUGAUGAUCACGGGGCCGCGCUCCGGGAGUGUUCCCUGCCCAGAAAUGUGUCAACCUCUUUUUGAUUUUCCUUUUCUUCCCCCAAGUUCGACCGGGGCAUCACUUCUGGAGGAAGAAGACCAACAAACCCUUACCUAUUUGGAGGUAUUCAAACCUUUUGGUUAGAGGAGCGCCGUCUGGAUCAGAAUCUGCGGGACGCUUUCUGCCGAGUUGAGGGAUCUCAUCACUCCGCGCCAUCCACGACUAAAGCUACCUUUGACCCCCGUGGUUGACCUAGAUUGGACCACGAGGGGGAAGGAGAUGAGAGAAAAGAUCAAGAGAUAUCGAAGAAGGGAAUAACCGUCAAAUCGAGCUCGAGAUCGGACCUAGGCAACGGAAGUGCAUAUUCCUUGUCUCGCGCGAGGGGAAUGCGGGUGUCUGGAGGAGGAUUUGGAGGGUUGAAGGGAGGAUGGCGGGUCGGAACUUUGACUCAUCCUCCGCGUUUUGCGCGCCCUCCUAGAACUUUCGAUUCUCCCCGCCACUUUCCCCUCCUUCACCCCCCACCGACACCAUCUUUCUUCUCCAGGAUGGCUUCCGAUACUAGUCGUCCCGAGUGGACUGCUCCUCGGGUCAGAGAGACUUUUCUUGAGUAUUUCAAGCAAAAUGGCCAUACUUUUGUCCCGUCGUCGCCGGUCGCUCCCUUGUCGGACCCUACCCUGCUUUUCACCAAUGCUGGAAUGAAUCAGUACAAAUCCAUUUUCCUCGGUACCGUGGACCCGUCGUCAGACUUUGCCAAGUUGCGACGCGCGGUGAAUACUCAGAAGUGUAUUCGCGCUGGUGGUAAACACAAUGAUCUCGACGAUGUCGGCAAGGACAGUUAUCACCACACUUUCUUCGAAAUGCUCGGAAACUGGAGUUUCGGCGACUACUUCAAGAAGGAGGCAAUCACGUAUUCGUGGACCCUUCUCACUGAAGUAUACGGAUUGUCCCCCGAUCGUCUCUACGUGACUUAUUUCGAGGGCGACGAGGCCGGUGGUCUCGAGCCCGAUCUCGAGGCCAGAGAGAUAUGGAAGUCCGUGGGCGUGCCGGAAUCCCACAUUCUUCCGGGCAACAUGAAGGACAAUUUUUGGGAGAUGGGUGAUCAAGGCCCGUGUGGACCCUGCAGCGAAGUGCAUUACGAUCGCAUCGGUGGCCGUAACGCUGCGUCCCUCGUGAACCAGGAUGACCCGAACGUGCUGGAAAUCUGGAACAACGUGUUCAUCCAGUACAACCGCGAGGCAGACCGCUCCCUGAAGUCCCUCCCCAACAAGCACGUCGACACCGGCAUGGGCUUCGAACGAUUGGUGUCCAUUCUCCAAGACAAGUCCUCCAACUACGACACGGACGUUUUCACCCCCAUCUUCCAGGCUAUUCAAAACGCGACCGGCGCUCGCGAAUAUCGCGGUCAUUUUGGCGCCGAAGAUUCCGAUGGAAUUGACACUGCGUACCGUGUGGUGGCUGACCACGUGCGCACCUUGAUGUUCGCUAUCUCCGACGGAGUGAUUCCUAACAACGAGGGUCGUGGCUACGUGAUCCGUCGGGUGCUGCGUCGUGGAGCCCGAUUCGCUCGCAAAUACUUCCAGGUUGACAUCGGUAACUUCUUCUCGAAGCUCGUGCCCACAGUCGUGGAUCAGCUCGGUGACAUGUUCCCGGAGCUUAUCAAGAAACAGCACGAUGUGAUGGAGAUUCUGGACGAAGAGGAGCUGUCUUUUGCCAAGACUCUGGAUCGAGGCGAGCGUCAGUUCGAGCAGUACGCCCAGCAUGCUAAGCUCAAGGGUUCCGACAAGCUCCACGGUGCAGACGUGUGGAGAUUAUACGAUACUUUCGGUUUCCCGGUCGACCUAACUCAGAUUAUGGCCGAAGAACGGGGUCUUCGUAUUGACGACGUUGAGUUUGAAGAAGCACGAUUGAAGGCGAAGGAAGCCAGUAAAGGCCAGAAGAAGGCCGCCGCAAAUGUGGUAAAGCUUGAUGUCCAUGAUCUCGGAAAGCUGGAAAAGAUGAGCGAUGUGCAUAAGACGGACGACUCUGCCAAGUUCGGAAGGGGUAACAUCACGGCUCAUAUCAAGGCCAUCUACCACGGCAAGUCCUUCUACGAGAGCACCGACAAGGCACCCAGUGGCGAACAACUUGGUGUCAUUCUCGACUGCACCAACUUUUACGCCGAGCAAGGUGGUCAAGAGGCCGACACUGGUCGGAUUGUCAUUGAUGGCCAGGCUGAGUUGGAGGUCGGUGACGUCCAAGUCUACGCUGGUUACGUCCUGCACACUGGCUUCAUGAAGUAUGGAUCGCUCUCCGUGGGUGAUGCCGUCAUUUGUGAAUACGAUGAACUCCGCCGAUGGCCUAUCCGGAACAACCACACUGGUACCCACAUCCUGAACUUUGCCCUCCGCGAGGUGCUCGGAGAUGGUGUGGAGCAAAAGGGCUCCCUUGUUGCGGCUGAAAAGCUUCGCUUCGACUUUUCUCACAAGGCUGCGGUGUCCGAUGCUGACCUGGAGACUAUCGAGACCAAGGCCACCGAAUACAUCCGACAGAACUGUACUGUCUACUCUAAAGAGCUCCCUCUUGCUACCGCCCAGCAGAUCUACGGCGUCCGCGCAGUCUUUGGUGAGACGUACCCGGAUCCUGUUCGGGUCGUGUCCGUUGGCGUUGACUUGGAAGACAUCCUGCGGAACGUCAAGGACCCCCAGUGGGAGAAGGUCAGCAUCGAGUUCUGCGGUGGAACCCACGUCCAGAAGACCGGCGAUAUCAAGGACUUGAUCAUUCUGGAAGAGAGUGGUAUCGCCAAGGGUAUCCGUCGUAUCAUCGCUGUCACCGGCGAAGAGGCCCAUGAGGUGCAGCGAAUUGCUCAAGAGUUUGAGGCACGCCUUGAUAAGCUGGAAGCCAUGCCCCUUGGCCCCGAAAAGGAGCGAGAGUCCAAGCAGGUUCAGGUGGAUCUCAACCAGCUCGUCAUCUCUGCGGUCCGCAAGGCCCAAUUCCGCACCCGCUAUACCGCGAUCAACAAGCAGGUCCUGGAUGGCCAGAAAGCCCAGCAGAAGUUAGAAUCUAAGAUGGCUCUGGAAGCCAUCACGUCUUACUUUGAGGCCCCGGAGAACCAGAACUCUUCCUCGCUGGUUGUCAGGCUUCCGAUGCCCGCAAGUGCCAAGGCCGUUAGCGAAUCUAUCAACCAUGUCAAAUCGAAAAUGCAAAACAAGAAUGUCUACGUCAUGGCAGUUGACCCCGAAAAUACCCGGGUUGCUCAUGGUUGCUAUGUGUCCAAGGAGCUUGGAGAGCUGGGCGGAUCGGCAAGCGAUUGGGCCGCCGUUGUUUCCAGCAGCAUUGGUGGAAAAGCUGGCGGAAAGGGCGCGACUUCGAUCGGUAACGGAACGAACCCGGAUAAGGUUGAUGAAGCUGUUUCGCUCGCGACGGAAUACUUGAGCAAAUUCAAGCUAUAGGCGAGGCCAGUCACAAUGAACCAAGUCAAAAUUUUGAUUCACCCUAAAUCGCAAGAGGUCUCAAAAACAACUCGGCGAUGACCUAGCUUGCUUCUCGAUCCAUCGACGGCUACAUUUGACCUUGACACUACUCAAUACACAUACUGAGAGAGAAUGGAAGGAGGAUCCGGAUGGGAAGGGCAAAAACAAGGGCAAAAAUUAAAUGGGAAAUCGAUGGCCGGCUUUCAUCUACCUGGUGAAAUUGAAGCG